GCACAGAAACGCCCUGACGAAGGUACAGGGAGGGAGGGAAGGAGUGAGUGAGUGAGUGAGAAAGAGAAGAGAAAGAAAGAAAGAAGGAGAGAGAGAAAGAGUGGGAGAGAGAAAGCGAAAGACAAGUUAGAGUACUAGUAAUAAACGUCGCUGAAUGUCUAUAAAUUAGGGAAGGAAAAACCGGCAAAGAGAAAGUUUAAGCUUUUUUCGGGAAAUAACCUAAGGCUAGACGAUAUAGUCUAUAACAUAGUUUGGGACUAUUAUAUUGGGGGAAAGAAACCCUGCUGAACAUACUAAAUACAUGAUCAUGACGGCAGCUGUUGAUAUGAAACCAACGUUAACCAUAAUAAAAUCUGAGAAAGUGGAAGUGGACCUGGACUGCGGGGAUAUGCCGCUCCUCACGCCCGGAAGCAAGGAGAUGAUGUCACAGGCUCUCAAAGCCACCUUCAGCGGCUUCACCAAGGAACAGCAGAGACUGGGAAUCCCCAAAGAUCCCAGACAGUGGACAGAGGAUCAUGUCAGGGAGUGGCUGACAUGGACAGUGAACGAGUUCACCCUGAAGAACGUGGACUUCCACAAGUUCUGCAUGAACGGGGCCAGCCUGUGUGCGCUAGGGAAGGACCGCUUCCUCGACCUCGCCCCCGACUUUGUUGGGGACAUCCUUUGGGAACAUCUUGAAAUGCUGCAGAAAGAAGAGACAAAGCAUUUCCCAAUCAACGGCUUGACCUCCAGCUUCCAGGAAUCCCGCUAUACCUCAGACUACUUUGUCAGCUAUGGCAUUGAGCAUGCCCAAUGUGUGCCGCCCUCAGAGUACACAGAACCUGGCUUCAUCACAGAGUCCUACCAGACCCUGCACCCAAUCAGCUCAGAGGACCUGCUGUCACUCAAAUUCGAGAACGAAUCGUACCCCAACGUCAUCCUGCGGGACACGCCCCUGAACCCGCUGCAGGGGGAUUACUUUCCCAUCAAACAGGAGGUCGUCUCCCCCGACAACAUGUGUGUGGGCCGCAUGAGCAGAGGGAAGCUGGGCGGUCAGGACUCGUUUGAGAGCAUCGACAGCUUCGAGAGCUGCGACCGCCUGACGCAGUCCUGGAGCAGCCAGUCGUCCUUCAGCAGCCUGCAGCGCGUGCCCUCCUACGACAGCUUCGACUCGGAGGAGUACCCCAGCGCCCUGCACAGCCACAAGCCCAAGGGCACCUUCAAGGACUACGUGCGCGAGCGCUCGGACCUGAGCAAGGACAAGCCCGUCAUCCCAGCCGCCGCGCUGGCCGGCUACACAGGCAGCGGACCCAUACAGCUGUGGCAGUUUCUCCUGGAGCUUCUGACCGACAAGUCCUGCCAGUCCUUCAUCAGCUGGACGGGAGAUGGCUGGGAGUUCAAGCUCUCCGACCCAGAUGAGGUGGCGCGCAGGUGGGGAAAGAGGAAAAACAAGCCCAAGAUGAACUACGAGAAGCUGAGUCGAGGCCUGCGUUACUACUACGACAAGAACAUCAUCCACAAGACGUCGGGAAAGCGCUACGUCUACCGCUUCGUUUGUGACUUGAAAAGCCUGCUCGGCUACACGCCCGAGGAGCUACACGCCAUGUUGGACGUUAAGCCCGACAACGACGAGUGAACGGGGAACGGGGAAACAAGCGAAGACAACCUGGGACCAGAGAAGUAAUCGCUCACUAAAUCCACACCCCCCCAUCGGGCAGAAUGUGCCCAGUAUUUUCCAAUCACAUUCUGACUAAACGCAUCUUUGUGGUUUAAAGAGAAAAAAAGAGUUGUUUUUUUUUGGUUGGUUUGGUUUUUUUGGUUGGUUUGUUUUAUUUUUUGAGUUCUGCUCAGAUAUAUUUUUUAGAAAAAAGCAGGCCUCAAGAAAAUAAGAAGUGCACCAAAGUUCAUAUUCUGUUGCAUCAAGAGACAAUGUGUCCUGUGUUAUGUCUCUAAUGCGUCUCUGGGGUGGAGGGAUAGACAUCUGUACAUUUGCUGGAUUGUACCACUUGUACAGCUCGCCUCUCACCCAAGUAGCAGAACAGGAUGGCAUGGCGUCAGACAAGUGAGAUGGUUUAAUCCUCAUCAGACACUGCAUGGACAGGGCACGUGUUCCUAUUAUCAAUAUGUGGCCAAAAUUGAGAGGGGUUUUUGAGAAUUAUGUAUUAUAUUACCUUACACACUGUCUUAGCCUUCCUAGUCACGGGAGGCAAUGGUAUGAGUUUUAACAUAUGGACCAAAAUAUGUGUUUGCUUUAUUUCAGUUGUUUCACUUCAUUUCAGCUGUUUGUGCCAGUAUUAUUUUAAUGUACUUUUCUUUAAAAACAUUUUCUCCUUGAGGGUUGUUACAUUGCUUAUGUAACUUUCCAGAAAAAUGAAGGUAUUCAUAAACCAAAUGUUUUUUUUUUCUGUCAUAGGUAGAGAUUGUGAGUUUCUUUUAAGUGAGGCGCUAAGCAGAAAUGGUAUUGGGCUGGUGACAGACUCGUGUCUCGCUCAUUCGUCUCGUAGCCCGUUAGCUUUACUCAAACCGAGAGAAGGGGUUGUUGACACAACUGAAAGUGGCCGUUGCUUUUCAACGGCGACUGCCAGCGCUCGUGCUCACACAGACGCCUGCCACUUCGCAGCAAACAAGUACAGCUAUAACUCAUCCAGACACUGCAGAUGUGCACACUCAACCACCAGUCGCACUAUCGCAGCCAAGCGCGCCCUUUUGUUACAAGUGUGCAGAAGACAUCAUUGCCCGACUUUGUUUUAGUCUGCGUUGCCUCAAAGUAGCAGACAGUAUUUAAUAUGCCAUUCUCAGAGCUAAUAUUAGUCUAGUACACGUGGAGAGAAAUGUACAUGCGAUUGGGGUGGUGAUACUAGAAGAGUCACUUAGAAAAGAAAAUGAUCCAUAUCAAUCAUAGAAACUCAGAGAGAAAGAUAGGGAGGUAUAGCAAGACCAAGAAUUGUAUGAAUUGUACUAAGAACAGAAAGAGAUUCUACUAAUGAUAGAAACUGAAAGAAAACCUUGGCUAUUGGAUCUGACGCGUUUGUCAUUGGAAAGUAAAGAAAAGUAAGUUGAAAAGUUCUGAGUGGGUGUUUGGUAUUGAGAGUGGGGAAGCCUUGGUGAGUGAAGAAAGAAAUCACAGAUAGGGUAACAGUUUGGUGUUGUGACCAAGUAAGAGAGCAAGGAGUUUUAGAAUUGUGUAUGUCAUAAUGUCUGAUAUUGAGAUGGCAAGCUCUUGUUAUGGAAAUCUCUGUGCAACCGCAAUGACUAAAUCAUUGGUACACGUUGUGAAAGGCUUCUGCUAAUGCACUGGUAACGAGUCAAAAUGCACAGUUUCUCUUUUGGCUUCUAGUUUCCUUUCCACUCUUUCUGUCAAAGUCGGAGACUCUUAUUGGAUAAAGGAGGGCACUAGAAGCGGUGGCAGCUCGCAGGCAUUAAAAUGUUUUCUGAUUCAGUUCAGUUCUGUUGUUGAAAAGUCCUAUGAACUUCCAGUACGUUCUGUAUUUUUUGUGUAAUAGAAGAUAAGUCAUUGUGACUGCCAUCGUUGUGUUUAUUACGGUGAUUGUUUUGUUUUGUUUUUCCCACUGAAGUGCUGCCAUUUUUGAUUGCGCUCCAAUGUGGGAAGAGCACAGUACACUGGCCUUAUGGGGCAAGCCAAAGUCAAGAAAUUUCAUCUUAAAAAACAAAUGUUAUUGUUUACAGUAGCUGAAUGUUACUCAUCCUGAUUAGAAUAGCUCUCCAAAUUGUCUGUUUGUACAGAUUGUAUUUCAUAACCCUUUAUUAAAAUAUCUAGAUGAAACAAAUAAACAAUCGACAAAGCAGAAAUAAUAACCAACCCAUGUGAGGUCUGCGAGCGUUAAGCAUCAGGCUCAUCUUCCCUAUUGGAGAAUGGAAGCCAGGGGACCAACUGCUCUGUGUUUUACUUUAUCCAUUCCACAGUGUCCGUCCUAUUUCGUGUUCACAUAGAGCUCGGACCACCCUCCUCUGUGGAAGUACAGUGCCUGUCGUUCCUCAUGUAAGGGUCAUGAUGCGUGUAGACAAUAUCAUCCUAUCCUUACGUUUGCAUUACUUAUCAAAGUAACUGGUAUAAGAUUCAGGAUUUUGUUUUUUAAUUCUAUGUAUUCUGUUGUGUUAGUUGAAGUUUUAUGACAGGGAAGAGUCCUUACCACAAGCUCAAGUGAAGAAUUGUUCUCAUUCAGCCGGUUACAGUGUUGAGCGGUUUGUCGUUUGUUUUGUAUGCAUACGAUAUAAGCAUAUGCAUAUGAUAUAAGGAUAUGCAUCUGUAACGAUAAAAAAGGUAUAUCAAUAACAAUGACAUUUUGGCAAAAUCUAUGAGUACUUCAAAAUAGAAGUAUAUAACUGAUAUUGAUAAGGAAAGUGUUUUUUUCUGUUUGUUUUUUUGUAUAUUUUAUAGUGUUUCUGUAUUUUUUGUUCAAUGAAAAUUUUAAUGUAUUUUAGUUCACAAACAUUUGAAUAUUUUUCAAUAAUUUAUAUUUUAUAACUUUGAAAUAUGAGAUGCAGACAGCUGGUGCUUUCAUGGGAAAUAAAGGUAGCACAGGACAAAAAUGUAGCGAUGUGUUUUUUUUUCUUUUUAUACAAAAAAAUAUAUGAACUUUGAAGACCUGUCUGCUUAUAUACAGUUGUUUAAGAGAGAAAGGCUGAUGCUGGCCCAUCAUUAUGUUCUGCUGGAAAGUUUUAUAAACCGUAGCUUCUAUUGUACUUCAAAUUGUUACGUUAUAAAAUAUAUGUAAAAAGGA